AUGUCGGCCGAACAUCACGGGGUUUUAAGUGAUAUUCACAGUAAAAAAGAGGGAUAUAAAAGUUUUGAUGGAAUAUUUUCAGGAGACAGCAGUUCAGUGCGCGGCUUUUUUGAAGGAAUUUUAAAUUGGUUCCUCUGCCGCCGGGGAAGUGAUUCCGAUGAUUCGUUCGGAGAGGAAAAAGACGAGGAGUCCCGAGUACGAACCUUGGGGACCCUGGAGGGGAUUGUGGCACCAGUGGCUCUGAACAUGUUCAGUGUAUUGCUCUUUCUCAGGAUAGGUUUUGUGGUUGGCCAGGCAGGCAUUCUAGAGUCGGUGUUACAGCUUAUAUUAGCCUACUUUAUCUUAGUGAUGACAGUGUUGUCAAUCAGUGCUAUAUCAACCAAUGGAGCAGUAGAAGGGGGCGGAGCCUACUAUAUGAUAAGCCGUGCUUUAGGACCUGAGUUUGGAGGAAGCCUUGGUUUUAUAUUCUUUGUGGCCAAUCUUUUAUCCGUGAGUCUGUCUGUGUUUGGUUUAGUGGAAGCCAUGAUCGAGAAUUUUGGACCAGGCGGAACAUCAAUAGACCAUCCAUUUUUACAAGGUGACCAUGACUUCUGGUACAAGUAUCUGUACUGUUCAAUAGUCCUCCUGGUUUGUCUGGGAAUCUGUAUAGUCGGAGCUGACAUGUUCGCCAAAACAUCCCUGUUUAUAUUUUUGGUUGUUGUAAUAUGCCUCCUUUCUGUAUUUGUGAGUGUGUUUGCCGAAAGCUCAACAAAACCGAUAGAAUAUGCACAACAGGCGGAGCACAAUCAUGGGAAAAUAAAUAGUUCUCAGCACUGUCACGUAGUUAAUGCCAGCGGCUUUGUACAAGACUCAGCAAACUACACUGGACUAAGAACCGCUACUUUCCGUCAGAACCUAUUUUCACAUUAUGAGCGGGAUUACAGUUCAAUGAACAUAAUGACCUUCACCUCUGUAUUCUCUAUUCUGUUUUGCUGCGUGACUGGAAUUCUCACCGGAGCAAAUAUGUCAGGAGAAUUAAAAAACCCUAGUAAGGCAAUACCUCAGGGUACACUUGGGGCUCUGAUGUUGACAUUCACAACAUUCCUCAUCGAAAUAAUUCUGGUUGGAGGGUCGUGUGAUAGAUGCCUUUUGCUGAACAACUAUGUUUUUCUGCAAGAAAUCAACCUCUGGAAACCGUUUGUUCUGAUUGGAAUAUUUACAGUCACGUUGUCGGCUGCUCUGGGAAACCUCAUUGGGGCAUCAAGAAUUCUCCAGGCCCUGGCUAAUGACCGUCUCUUCUGGUGUGUUUUGAAUCCUGCAACCAUCACCACAAAGUCAGGGAAUCCUUACGUUGCAGUUCUUAUAUCAUGGUUUAUUAUACAAUUGAUCCUGCUAGUCGGGUCACUGAAUGCGAUCGCUCCCAUUACUUCAGUGUUCUUUUUGUUGUCCUAUGCUUCAGUGAAUUUGGCAUGUCUGGCCUUGGAACUAGCUGCAACACCCAACUUUAGACCCAGCUUUAAAUUCUUUUCGUGGCACACUUGUGGUCUGAUUGGCUCUAUAGUAAUGUGAUUUCUGGUAAGUUUCGUGUACACCCCAGCACGCCAUUGUUUGAUGCUUCUACUGAUUAUCAUAUUACUUCGGUCACUUCCUGCACAUAUAUCAGGUAAGGUUUUAAGAAUCAUUAUUUCUUUUGUGAGAAAGUAUUUACUGAUGCUGGAUUCACGGAAGGACCAUGUAAAGUAUUGGCGUCUGCAGAUCUUACUUAUGGUGUCUAAUCCAAGACAGUGUUCAGAACUCAUCCACUUUAUCAAUGACAUCAAGAAAGGUGGACUGUUUGUGAUUGGCCAUGUCAAACUAGGAUUUUUAGAUUCGUUUGCUGAGGAUCCGAUUCUGGUAGAAAACCCAAAAUGGAUGGGUCUGAUUGACCACCUUAAAGUGAAAGCAUUUGUGGAGGUGACCCUAGCUAAUACUGUGUCAGAUGGUUUACAACACUUAUUAAGGUUGUCUGGAAUGGGAGGAAUGAAACCUAAUACUGUUUGUUUGGGGUUUUUUGAUGAUGCUAAACCAAAGGACAUGCUAAGUAUGAACAGUACAGGAAGGAAGCAAAGCUUUUUCAAACGCUUGGAAGAUAAAAAAGAUAACAUUGAAAAUUUGUUCGUGAAUAUCAGGAAUGAGGUUGAUUCAAAACAUAUUACUUCUUCAGAAUAUGUCAAACUUAUUUCUGAUUCACUGAAAAUGCAGAAGAAUGUAUGCUUAUGUAGGCAUUUUGAUCAAUUUAGUAAGCAAUCUAUUGUACAAUCAAAAAAGCAACUUUUCAUUGAUGUCUGGCCAUUGAAUAUCUUAAGACCUGACACUGUUCACUUUUUUGACAACGCCAGCCUUUUCAUGCUACAACUGGCCUGUAUUUUAACCAUGGUACCCGACUGGAAAUCCAAAACAAGUCUCCGAGUCUUCUUGUGUAUAAAUUCACAGAAAGACAACGCCUUCCAAAUGCAGCAAAAACUAAACAGUUUUCUCCACCAGCUCAGAAUCAAAGCCUCAGUACAGAUUGUCACCCUGGAUCAUCUGGUACAUUACAUGUCCCAAAUGUCUGGGAAUAGCAAUGGAACAGUAAAAUUGACAGAGGAAUUUAACCCAGUCCCCGAGGAAUUCAUUCAUGCAAUAAACCAAAUGAUUCUUUCUUACUCCAGUACAACAGCAGUGAGUUUCCUGUACCUCCCUAUUCCUCCAGUGGAUACCAGGGAUUAUGAGACCUAUCUAACCAGCCUGAAAAUAAUGUCAGAAAAUCUCCCUCCCACUGUGUUUGUUCAUGGAUUACAUCCCGUUACCUCAACAACUUUAUGAUAUUGAAGAUUUACUUUGUAAAAUAUUUCCACAUCUUUAUAAAGUCAAUUUUAUCAAGCAUAACGCUUAAUAUUCGGAAUAUAGUAUAAAGUAUAGUAUAAAGGAUAAAGAAUCAUACAUUUACUAAUUGAUAGAAUGUUUGAACGUCAAUCCUCUUAUCAAUCGUUCGAUCGGUGAAAGAU